AGUGUAGCUAUCAUGCAAGAUGUAUCUUCCUUCGUUUCUAGUCUUCCGUGGAACAUCUGAGCUCGUGGAAAUAUUACUUUGCUCGAGGGUGAGGGUUGGCGACUGGAAGAGCAUCGGACAUUAGCAAAUCUGCCUCUCCGAAUUCUAUCUGAUCCCCUGCAAGCAUAGAGAAGUGGAUGCUAAAAUGAUGACGACGACGAUGGUGAUGAUUACUCUAAGCAGUUAUUUGAUGCGCUAGUAAUAGCGGCAGAAUCCUUAAAUCACAUUCUGUAUCCUAUUUAAAAAAAAAAAUCUAAAACAAACAAAAGACAAAACUCAUUGAUUAAUAUACUCUUAGCUAAACGAACAUGAGAUUGUAAGAAGUGAAGCACCUUUGAUUACAGGUCUUUCCAAGUAAGGUUGGCCUAGGUUAAACAAGACUUGCUGGCAUGUAACUAUAAAGAAAUAUGGAAAAGAUGUGCAAAUUAUUCAAUUAUUUUCAACAGCUGGACAAGUUACUUGAGGCUAAAACUUUCACCAAAUCACUUUAGAAAUCUCAGCAGGGUGAUCUUUCAUAAUUCUGACUGUAAAUAAACCUCAAAAGUAAAUAAAAACAAAAACCAGUACAGUGGAAUAAAACACCAAACAUGAAUAUCUUUUCUCGUGAAAAAUUAAGCAAUAAUGCUUUGUAUAGGCUGAGGGAAUCAAGAUGGUGUGGAAUCUGUAGAACACCAUGUAUUUGCAUUAGGAAUAUCCCAUUAAAACUAGUUCAUCAUUGUUUUAUUACUACUCUGGAAUUGAUAAGCAUGGUUUGCCGAUUCCGAACACUCAAGGCUGUUCUCUUCACUGUGAUGAGUGUUGGCACCUUAGCCUUUUUGCUGAUCAUCCAGAACCAUCAUAGUAUGAUCAACAUAAGCAGCCGUCUUGAUCCAAUCCCAAUCACAACCAAAGCACCCCAGCCACCACCACAGAAGUACCUCAUAUAUUAUUGUGACAAAUUGACUCGGUGUCUAGGAUGGGGUGACCGGCAGCGAGGUAUAAUGUCUGCCUAUGUAAUGGCUAUGGCUACAAACCGGACAUUCGGUAUCAUAAUGACAAAACCAUGUCUGCUUACGAAAUUCUUUGUUCCUAAUCAAGUCAACUGGAAUGUGAACAUGUCUGACAUUCAACAUCGCAGUGCACAGUAUUUUGAUCUCAAUAGCAACGACAUGUUCACCAAAACACUAAACACGGUAAAUCUUGAAGCCCUGUUUCAUGCUGACGUCAUCUACCUAGUUACCAAUCGAUGGUAUAUUAAUCCGUUAUUAAAAAACUCACGCUACCGACGUAAAUUGAAGGAUCUCGACAGAAUGAGUUGGAGAAAGAGCUUCGCCAAAGUCAUGGACCAGAUGUUUCGACAUAGUAACUAUAUGAAUGAUAAAAUUGAGAGCACUCUAAAACGAUUUAUUCCCAACAACACCACAAAGCUAGUGUGUUCUCAAAUUCGUCUCGGAACUAAUCCCACAAUUCCUUUGGAUUUCCGUGUCCGUAAUAAGUACUCUUCAGUUAGUGUUGUAUGGAAGUUUUUACAGAGGUACAGCAAUUCUACAUACAAGAUAUUUGUUUCCACAGACUCUCAGACUGUUCGAAUGAGCGCAAAGAAACUGUUUGCUAAACAGAUUGUGGAUGUUGAGGGUGCUAUAGUACAUGUUGACAGUUAUGAACCAGGACAAGAUGAGUUUGCUUGCGGUGGCUUUGAGAAAGCCCUGCUUGAUCAGCAUAUUCUUUCUCUUUGUGACAUCCUGGUAAUUAGUAGAGGUGGGUUUGGUUUUAAUGCCAUCUAUGUACGCAAAAAGAACAGUAGCGUCUAUAUCUUCCAUGAUGGUAAAGUCAAGCCACUUGACUGCAACAAAAGUCAGUUGUGUUACUGAUAGAAUGAUUCUGUUCUUUACUCCUUCCCUAACAGACAUAUUACAUACAUACAUACAUACACACACACAUGUACAUGAAAUGCAUACAUGCAUUCUUAUAUACAUUAUGCUCUAAAACGUGGAUGAGGUUUUUUUUUGUUUUUUUUUUUUUAAGAUUCCAUCCACCCGGUCUGCUGAUGCAAUAUUAGUGAAUUCUAUUGCCCCGAUCUACUCCUGGCCUCAGUCCCUCAAUAAUUUGCGACCAUUAUUCUCUGUGCCCCCCCAUAAGCCUAUGACUGUACAUUCUUUAGUGGAUGUAUUGCGACUAGGUGGAAAAAAUAUAAAUUAGUUUCCAUAUGCCAUGUUACCCCCCUCCCACCCACUCCAUCCCUUCCAAAUUAUUCCAUACCUUCGGUUUUGUAGAGGAUGGAUCUGUAAAUGCAGUAAUACUCUUUUUCAUCUUGUACAUAUAUCCUCCAACAAUAUUCAGGAACACACACACACACACAUGCACACGCACACACACUCACACACACUCACACUCUAAUACACACACAUGCAUAUAUUUAUGAAUGUGUAUGUAUGUGUGUGUGCCCAUGUGUGACCUAUGUAUUUUAAUAAAAUUAAUAUUUGACUCUUGUAGUUAUUUCACUGGAGCCUUUAAAAAAACAGAAAAUAAAAAAAAAUGAAAAAAAAUUUCUUUCUUUCUAGAAUAAACCUAUUAAAUUAAAAGAAAAAAAAAAUAUUUAGAAAUUUUAAUCUUGGUGGGGUUGUGUGAAAUAGCAAGAUAAAAAAAAUUUUAAAUUCUUUAACCUCCCUCCCCCAUUCCCUGGUCUUUCAAAUAUCCUUUCAUCACAUUUUUUCAUGAUUCAAUAUUGAAAAUGCUAACUUAACUCUUUGAUCCUUUUCACUAGUUCUCGAAAGUUUUCAAAGUACUAUAGAUAAGAUGGCCGUAACUAGGAGAAAAACGGCUGACCAUUUUGGUUAGGAAGAAGGAUGCUAAACAUGUUUUAACCCUUUAAGCAUUCAGAUUACUCUGUCAAAUGUAAUGCCUAUUUAUUCACAUUGUUUUGAAUUAAUCAUGCAUUAUCUCAUAGCUUUGAGAUUUCUAAGAUGUGAUUGUUUAUUUUUAGAAUGACAUUGUAGUGUAGGUGUGAGAGGCAGAAUCUGGCUGUCUGUGAACUUAAAACUGGUAGCACAUUUUGUCCUGAUAUGGCUGGUUAAAUGUUAAAGGGUUAAUUUCUAUUGAUCAAGAAUAUUGUUGCCUUACAGGAUCAGUGUAGAUAAGUUGGUGGGUGGCUAGCAAAAAUUAUCAAUGUGAAUUUUGACAUGGUUGGAGUUUUUCUGAUUAGAAAAAAAAAAAAACCUUAUGGGUCAGGAACAUUUAAGCAAUUGAUUUUUGAACCCAGUGAACCAAAUUAUAUUUGGUAACCAGAUGAAGGGCUAAGUAAUUGACAUGUAUAGGUAGGGUGGGGGUCUGUAGAAUAGACAUGUUUAGCUUUUUGUGUGGUGAUUCUUGAGUGUUCAGUUAGCUAAUACUACUACUACUUCUACUACUACUAUCCACUUACCAUAUAUUUACUCUGUACUGUCAUCACAUCUGAAGGGCUACUACCCAAGAGUUACCUAGCCAACUUUAGAUAGUCACCAUCUGUUUGUAAAUAUUUUUGACUUUAUCUGCUUACUCAUUUUCUUUCACUCCCUUGGAAAUUUCUUUAUCAAUAACCCCCAAAACCAAAUAAAAAGCAAAGAAAAAUACCCCGAAAAAAAAAAGA